AUGGGAUUUGAAAAAGGUCGGUGUCACUGUGGUCGGUUCGCAAAAGAAGAUCGUGAGCAGCCUCAAAGCCCUGGACUCCAGCAGCAAAGACGGCCCAAGCGCCAGUGUGAGCCAGAGCAGGCGAUAGUCACAUAUAGGUUUGACAUCAAAGCGGGCUCCGGAGCAUGUGCUGAGAGUCAUAAGUCACACGUCAUGGGUUCGAGUGAAGAGCUGGGCCACAUGGCGGAUCAGUGA